AAAGCUGUAAAAGUCUCAGUUAGGAUGUGUGUUGAUUAAACUGUGGUGGGGCUGAGCAAUUCGCCUGAAACUUCAUAGGGAAUAAGCAACUGUUAAUGACUUUCAGAUUAUCUUAAAAAGAAGACCAACUGGAAAAAAUAAUGAAGUUCCUCAUCUUCACAUUUGUUGGUGUUGUUCAUCUUUUACCCCUGGGCUCUGGGAAAGCUAUAUACAAAGAUGGCAUCUCUCAGAGGACUUUUCAAGAAAUAAAAGAAGAAAUAGCCAACUAUGGAAAUGUUGCUAAAGCAAUCAUCGACCUUGCCGUUUAUGGUAAAGCCCAGAACCGAUCCUAUGAGCGGCUGGCACUUCUGGUUGAUACCGUUGGGCCUAGACUGAGUGGUUCCAAGAACCUAGAAAAAGCCAUCCAAAUUAUGUACCAAAACCUGCAGGAAAAUGGGCUGGAUAAUGUCCACCUGGAGCCAGUCAAAAUCCCCCACUGGGAAAGGGGAGAAGAAUCUGCUGUGAUGCUGGAGCCAAGAAUUCACAAGAUGGCUAUUUUGGGUCUUGGUGGAAGCAUUGGGACUCCUCCAGAAGGCAUCACAGCCGAAGUUCUGGUGGUGACCUCUUUCGAUGAACUGCAGAGAAGGGCCCCAGAAGCAAGAGGGAAGAUCGUUGUGUAUAACCAACCUUAUGUCAGCUACUGGAGGACAGUGCAAUACCGGGUUCAGGGAGCGGUGGAAGCUGCCCGGGUUGGGGCGUUGGCAUCCCUCAUUCGAUCCGUGGCUUCCUUCUCCAUCUACAGUCCUCACACAGGUAUUCAGGAAUACCAGGAUGCUGUGCCCAGGAUCCCAACGGCCUGUAUCACAGUGGAAGAUGCAGAAAUGCUGUCAAGAAUGGCUUCUCGGGGGAUCAGAAUUGUCAUUCAGUUGAAGAUGGGGGCAAAGACCUACCCAGAUACGGACUCCUUCAACACUGUAGCAGAGAUCACUGGGAGCAAGUUUCCGGAACAGGUUGUACUGGUCAGUGGACAUCUGGACAGCUGGGAUGUUGGGCAGGGUGCCAUGGACGAUGGUGGUGGAGCCUUUAUAUCAUGGGAAGCACUCUCACUUAUUAAAGAUCUUGGGUUGCAUCCAAAGAGGACUCUGCGCCUGGUACUCUGGACUGCAGAGGAACAAGGUGGAAUUGGUGCCCUCCAGUAUUAUCAGUUGCACAAGGCAAAUGUUUCUAACUACAGUCUGGUGAUGGAGUCUGACUCAGGGACCUUCUUACCCACUGGACUUCAGUUCACUGGCAGUGACAAGGCCAGGGCCAUCAUGGAAGAGGUCAUGAAGCUCCUGCAGCCUCUCAAUAUCACUCAGCUCUUGAGCAAUGGAGAAGGGACAGACAUUAACUUUUGGAUCCAAGCUGGAGUGCCUGGAGCUUUUGAAAAACUAAGAAACCCUAAGUUAGAUGCUGGUGGUAGCUAUGAGGAAAAGACUGAUACUUAA